CCCGCGACAUGCACAUCGCGAUCGGCAAGUCUCACAACGUGAAGGUAUCCGAGCCAACAAUCGGAGGCAUCGCUGGACUUGCGCCAGUCAAUGCAUAGUAUUGUGAGACACCGAUGGGGCACUCCCGCGGCUGAACUCGGAGGGCGAAGAUCUUGGUCUUUCUUUGUUCAUUUCAAACUCUUCAAUCUCAGACGUCAUUCCCGCUCGCGCCGUAGUGAAAAUCACAUAAUUAUGCGGCUGGCUGAACGCGAAGACUUGCCCGCCCAUGUUCUCGAUCAUGGUUAAGCAUCCCUUUGGUUUCCCUCAAAGUCUCAAACUCAGUUUCAUCGCGGACACCUAUUCUGUCGACCACGAUUCCCGCUAGUUCCUGUUCAGAAGCCAUGGCAGUGACAAAUUAUCGAUCGUCAGCCAGAGGAGAGACCACUAAGCGCCUCGUCGCUCAGCUGGUCAAUGAGCGAUUGGCAACGCUGACUUUGCUUGAUGGUACCGACCAACCCCGAGCACGGAUCACAGGACCAGGCAAUCCGGCCCGGUGGAUGACUCUGCCCGUCACGGAUGGCUUCAGUUUGUCGAAACCUCUUCGGCCAAAUGACUUUCGGCUCCCCGUCACGCUCUGUGCCAAUGGCAUGGAAUCCAAAGAAGAUGAUCCAGGCUCUAUCUUCGCGUUCUGUACCUCAUGGUUUUGCUGUGACGAGAAAACAGCAUCGUCCAUCACUUACGAACUUCGAAACUCGGCCGUGAUGCUAGAGAAAUGGAUGCAACUUGGGUCCAAAUGGCCUAUACUUAACAUCAAUUCUUCAUUUCUGGACUGGGAGAGAUGCCUCGUUACGGGCCAUCCUACGCAUCCGUUUCACAGGACAUGCUUUGCCCAUGGCCUUCUGCAGCCAGUUGGACCAGAUGACAUCCCGAACAUGUUAAACCCGGCCCUUUCGUUUGUCACCAUCCCGAGAUUCUCAGUGCGACUUUUUGGGCCGUUUGACAGACUUUUGCGACCUCUAUUGGACCUCUUGGAGGUUCCUUCGCCUGCUGGUCUCGAGGACUACUACAUAGUAGUGCCCUGUCUCUCACAACACCUCCCUGCCUUGCUCCACUUCUUCCCUGAAGCAACCCCUAUCAAGACCGUUGCCAAUCGAGCGGUAGCCCAGGCAUCUAUCCGAACAGUAUCUGUACCCGGGUACACAUACGACCUCAAGCUUUCGCUUGCCUGUCUGAUCACUUCUGCCUUGCGGGUUGAGCCAUGCUGGUCUGCAGCUGCAGCGCCAACCAUGACCUCGCUUCUGAAGAAGCUGGUGCCAAAGAAUCUCUGGCUGUUUGGAGAGGUUGCCGCUGCUACCGGUAGCCAAAGCAACACCAGUGAUGCAAGGUACAUGACUUGCAUUUUGCGGGAGAAUCUGGAGUCCAGAGCCCAGCAGAACAAUGAAAUGCUUGUUUUGGCCGCUGCGUUGAUGGAAAGGCCAAGAGGUGGUCGUCGGACUUACGCUGAGAUGCUCUGGAACUUGGACACGACGAACGACAGAAUUCUCUGGUUCAAAAAAUACGUUCGCAGCCUUCUGCAGCUUUCCUUGGAUCCGUUGGCACGGUACGGGAUAGGGUUUGAGUUCCAUGCGCAAAAUUCCGUCCUCCGAGUAUGCCGACGUACCAAGGCAAUACAAGGGUUCGCUAUCCGCGAUCUAUCCGGCGUCAGACUUCACGGCCCAACCCUUGAAGCGCAGGGGUUCGACCUCACGAACCUGGAAGGCACAGUCACGGAUGAUGUCCACGCAGUUUGGAACAGAGUGCACCAUGCACUUGUUCAGAACCAUAUCGGGUACAUGCUGUACAGCUUGGGACUCGAAGGAGUGCACGAUGGAUGGCAGAUUGUCUGCUCCGAGCUUGAGCGUGCUCUUGCCGGUAAUGACAAGUCGCCGGAACAGAUGAUUUAUCGGCAUUUUAUGAAGGAGACAAUGCCGUUCAAGUCCUUCAUCCGAAUGAGGAUGGAGGCAUCGUUUGACAGCUCUUUUAGGAUUGUCGAGCAAGAGGUGCCCAACCUGCUUUGGAAGAAGAGUCCUUGGCUUCGUCAAGUAUCACUGGCUGCUAGCACGAGCGACGGGAUAUUUGUUUCGCCCGAGGAUGCCGGUCAAGACACCCGAAUCAUGGAAACCAAAUGCUUUCGAGAAGCCCUUCUCCGCAACACUGCUCCGUACGGACAGGUUCCCAAGAAUGCCGUGCGACUCAACCCUCACCCCGCGGUCAUCCCGAAGAAGUUCUUGGAGAAUCUAAACCUGUUCCAUGAGGCACUAACAAUUGCACUGGUUGAUAUUAUCAACAGGUGGUGGACGGACAAAGAAGCUGAUUUUCCCAACCGAAUGCCACUUGAGCCUCGGGUCGAGUCUCUCCUUCGGUGGGUGGCCAUGGGCUCCGAAGAGGGGUUCAUCCGGCCCUAUAAAGGAAACCAAGGCAACCUGAGACCGGAUGUGCUCAUCCCGGCUAGCAAUACUUCUUCGCCUUUCCAGUUCAGAGUCUGCGAGUUCAAUGGCAGGUUUCCCAUCAACUUUCUUGACUACACAGCCAGUGCCUACGAAGCGCUAGCCGACACCAAAUGGCAAAAUCCGUCCCUUGGACCAGCGUCCGACCACGCAAAACUCUUCGACAGUCUGUUCAAGCUGUUUGAUCCGUCGGCCCCUAUUCACUUUGUCAGCGAGUCCUCAGAAUUUCCACUAGACAGCCCCCUCUACGGCUUGGUGGAGCAGCGCACCGGGAUGAGACCAAGAUCCGUCAAGCCCUCAUCCCUUCGUCUCAUAGCCAGCGAGACCGCCCCAACAGGGUUCGAUCUGUACUGUGAGAUUGAUGUUCACGCGAGCAUGGUCAGGACGUCUUCGGAUUUGAUCAACGUCGACGGCCAGGUCUUGGAAAAGGUCCACCAAGUGGGACUCAAGCUCUACGACUUCGAGCUCUUCGCCUUGGCGCCAGAAAUGGUUCGACACAUCGCCAUGCGCAGCGUCAACGACGUGCGAACAGUCUUCAUCGCCCACGACAAGAGAAUGCUCGGCAUAAUACGACAAGAGCUCGAUGCUCUUGUGCACAAGCACAAGGUCAUCACCCAAGCCCAGGCCAGGAUCCUGAGCGACGGCAUCAUCCCCACCAUUCUUCCCGGCUCUCCAGAGCUACGACAACUUGCCGAGACUAAUACGUUCCACAAGGAUGACUUCAUCUUGAAACCUUUUCGACUGGCGCGAGGAUCGGGAAUCGUGCUCGGCAAAGACCUCUCUGCCUCUCAGUGGUCCUCAAUCAUUGAAUCCAUGAGAAAGGUGGAUUUCAACUCUUCAGCAAGACAGUAUGUGCUGCAGCCUUUGCUCCCGCUGCAAUCUUUCGACUGGUUCUGGGAUGAGAAUCGAAAGGUGAGAAAGAGUCGGAUGGUGGGUAUGUAUUAUUCCGUCAAUGGGCAGUUCAUUGGGCUGGGACUGUGGAGGACAGCGGCUGCGUCUGAGGAUGUUAUUUCCGCUUUGACCAAGGAUGGGACACAGGUUCUGUCGGUGGUAAGCCUGGGGAAUACUGAGUAGAUAAUCGCAUAGUUCUGUACUAGGCACUGAGAUAACAUCUUGAUGUUCCCCCG